AACCACACACACAUUGUCGCGUACUUCGUAAAGUCGAGAGCGUGUUGUGGGUUGUGGCUCGGUCUGCAACUUUUAUUGUUUUUUUUCUUUAACUUUCAAGUCCACCAACCGCUUGUACGGUCGUCUUUACCUGCGGCUGUUUUAAAUUAUAAACUUUUAUUCCUUAUACCUUUUACAAUACUCUAGUGCUAAGAUAGUUUUAUGUUAGUAAUUAGGAAGUGAAAUCGGCAAAAGACCAGAUGUUUUAACGUAAUACAUAAACUUCAGUGUCAACAAUCAAAACAGUGUUUAGGACAAGUUACUCUGAGGCUUUUCGUCUUGUGAUGCAUUAUACGAAGCUCUAACCGGAUAUCCAGGACGAGAAUGGGCUUCAUUUAUCGUUGUUUUAACUCGAUUUUUUUGAGCAUCGCAACUUCACCUACAUUACAUUUAUGAUUGUUGUCAUUAAGUGGUCAGGAUGAGUGUAAUAUACAAAGUGACAGCGAUCAUCUUGCUUGGAGCUCUCAGCAAGGGGGAGUUACCGGAAGACGAAUUUAGGAUAAUUAAUAGACAAGACCUGCUGGCGUCUGAUAGCGAUGUCUUUGAAGAUAACACCAGCAAAUCAUUUUCACAGCUGUUGUUCGAUGUAGCGAGAGACCAAGUUAUAGUGGGUGCUAGAGACACGUUAUAUCGUUUGUCGCUACGCGGUCUCAGGGAACUUGAACGUGCGAAUUGGCCCGCACCAGAGGGUAAGACAAAAUUGUGUCAAGACAAGGGUCAGACCGAAGACAGUUGCCGCAAUUACAUCAAAGUAUUGCUCUCUUACGGGCAUAAGCUGUUCGCGUGCGGCACAAACGCUUUCAGUCCGAUGUGCAGUUGGAGGGAGAUCGAAUCGAUCAACAUGGUAUCGGAACUGGUGAGUGGGGUGCCCAAUUGUCCCCACAAUCCAAAUUCCAAUGUGACAGCCAUCUUCGCCAGUACCGGCGAGUAUUACGCUGGUACCCCAACAGAUUUCUCCAGCUCCGACACAGCGAUAUGCAGGAGUCGUGGCGCUUCGCCUCGUGAGACUGGUAUGUUGAGAACAACCCAGUAUGACCUGAACUGGCUCAACGAACCGCAGUUCGUGGGCAGUUUUGAAGACGACUACUUCGUAUACUUCGUUUUUAGAGAAGUCGCAGUGGAAUAUCUUAAUUGUGGAAAGACAAUAUACUCUCGUAUAGCGCGUGUAUGUAAAAAUGACUCGGGCGGCCAUCUUGUUAUGAAAGACAAUUGGAGCACCUUCCUCAAGGCACGUCUCAAGUGUCCCGUGCCAGGGGACGUGCCGUUCUACUACGAUGAGGUCCAGAGCGUUGAAUAUUUGGCCCAAGAGAAAAUUCUUGUAGCGGUCUUUACUACACCCACAAACAGCAUAGCCGGUAGUGCCGUGUGUAUAUACAACAUGUCAGACAUACAGAUGUCCUUCGAGGGUCAGUACAAGGUUCAAAACUCACCGACCUCUACUUGGGAACCCCUGACACCAACAAGAGAAGCCAGGGAACACUUUAGAUGCAACCCUGAUCCCAGACCCCAUCACAGUAUGGAGUACCACAAGUAUCAUUUAAUGUACGAGGCCAUACAGCCGAUAUCGGGCGAGCCGGUGUACAAAGCCAUACUAGAAAGAUUCACCCACGUCACAGUAGAUGUUGUCACGACAAAAAAUAUCGCCAAGCAAUUGGUCGUGUUCGUUGCAACCGAGAACAGUGAUGUGCUGAAACUGGCAAUACUGCCGCGGUACGAGGGCGCCUGCCUGGUCGAGAUAUGGAAACUCAAGGACUCCAGAGGCGGAUACAACAUACAGAACAUGCAGUUCGUGAAAGAUACGAUGUCGCUGUACAUCGGCAGCGACACGGGCGUGCUGCGUCUAUCGAGCGAGCGCUGCAGCCGCUACAGGAGUCGGGCGGGGUGUGUGGGGGCCGCGGACCCGCACUGCGGCUGGGACGACGGCCGGGAACAGUGUGUGAAGAGUUCACAACACUUGAGAGGAGCUUCCUUUGUACAGUCCACAGCCAGCUGUCCCGCUGAUAACAGUCAAGUGGAUGGCGGCUGGUCGUCGUGGUCGGAGUGGGAGCCGUGCAUGCAGGAUGAGUCCACGCACGUUGUGUACGGAGACGACAAACCUGACAUGUGCAUGUGUCGCACCAGGAGCUGUGACAACCCUAGACCCGCCAACGGGGGGCAAGCCUGUCAAGGUGCCAGUAUAGCAGUAUCCAACUGCACGGUCCACGGCGGCUGGUCGCCCUGGUCGGGCUGGUCGGAGUGCAGUUCGUCGUGCGGCAUCGCUGUGAAGUCUCGCCGGAGGUCGUGCACCUCGCCGGAACCCAAACACGGCGGCCGGGUCUGUGUGGGCCUCGACGUUCAGGACGUAUACUGUGCGGAUCUGCCGCCCUGUCCAGAUCCGGCCCUCGCUUCGAUAGACGGGUCGUGGUCCCCUUGGGGCCCGUGGUCGGCAUGUACCGGCGCAGGUUGUGGUGUGGGCGGGGGGACUCGCGAGCGACGCCGGGUCUGUGGAAGCCCCGCCCCUCGACACGGGGGAGCCGAUUGCGAGGGGCCUCGCUUUGAAAGACAGUCUUGUGACCUACGACCAUGCGAGGUCAGAAAGGCGACCGCUUGGACCCCGUGGGUGCAAAUACCAAGCAACACUUCUGACGGUAGUUACACCGAGAAGAGAUUUAAGUUCCUAUGUAAGGCGCCCGCACCGGAACAAAUCAGGCUUUCUCUCGCCCGUGAGGAGGAACGCUAUUGUAAUCCUCGUGGGGUAUGUACUAGUACACCUCCUGAGGAGGAUCCGUCGUUUGACGGCUGGGGGCCCUGGGAGGCCUGGGGGGCCUGCUCCGCUGUCUGCGGCGGGGGCCAGCAGCAACGUACACGUCACUGCCGAAGGCCCCCCUGUACGGGGACCGCGGAUAUGCUGAGGCCAUGCAAUACGCAUGCUUGUCUUGGCGAAUGGUCAUGCUGGAGCGAGUGGAGCGAGUGUAGCGGUGGAUGUGACUCCACCGGCCACCGAACCCGCACCCGUAUGUGCGUGUCGCCGCAGGGCUGUGUCGACGCCGGGGCCGCCCUGGAGAGACGCGCCUGUGUCAACACAUGCACCGAAUCAGAGAGUGGUUGGGGGGCCUGGGGGGCCUGGAGUGAGUGCGAGGGCGGUGAGAGGGUGAGGCGGCGCAGCUGUGAGUCGGGGGCCUGCGUGGGGGCCCAGCUGCAGGCGGCCAAGUGUGGAGACGAUGAUAUGGAUAAUGAGUUAUACGCGAUGCCGGCAUACAGUCAGAAUGUUGAGAGCGCUUCCUUUGUAACAAUGUCCAGCGAACCUCUCGGUGUUGGGGGCAUUGUUGGCUGUGUCGUCGGAGCUUUUGUUAUGGGUUGUCUAUUAUGUCUGGGGGUGGUGGUGGCGUGUUACCGUCGUCCGUGGAGGUCGGCAGCGCGCGUGCCGUCCAGUCCGCAUUACAUCACCGCUAAACAGAACAGCUAUGUCACAGUGCCGCUUAAAGAUGUGCCGCGUAAAGCUAAGCGCCAGCCAUCAUUCUCGGGUCUUGGCAACAGUAGUGGCAUCCUCGUUAAAAGCAAUAACUUGUCUAACGCCAACCACAACAACACUAUGGCCACCCCCAAACUAUAUCCCAAGGCCAUCGCCAAUGAGUACGACUCAAUGGGAACACUGCGGAGACAUUCCAACCAACCGAACAACAAAACUAAUAUUGAUAUUGAAGAGGAUAAGUUCUAUUGAGAAUGUUCUAGAGCACACUGGAAAGUUCUAGAAGCUUUGACUUUCUAUUGACAAAUUUUAUCUGACUUAUAUUUCAGAUGUUCUUUUAAGAAUGUUCUGGCUUGUUCUAGAAUAUUCUGGAAAGUUCUAUACGCUUUGAGUUUCCAUUGUCAGAUCUGAUCUGACUUAUGUUUCAUAUGUUCUGCUGAGAAUGUUCUGUCUUGUUCUAGAGCUUUCUAGAAAGUUCUGAAAAAUUUGGAUUUUCUACUUACUGAUUCUAUCUGCCUUUAAAAGAAGUUCUAUAGAAUGUUCCAAAAUCUCAAAAAGUCGAAAUGUUAUGAGACAUUAAUGCGGAUGAGUAAAAGGCAUGUUACUUAAUAGGUUUAUUUAUGUUAGCAUGCGCUUCCAAGAAAUUUUUUAGUUAUAAUGUUAUAUUAUAACACAAUAUUCAUAAAUCCUUAGUUAUAUACAUUAUAAAGUACGUUAUAUUACGAGGAUCUUUGGCUGUCUUCUUGUUGAUGAAUUAUUAUAUUUUUCUAUAAAAAAACGUUAUUUUGAAUGUUUCGGAUACAAGUACUUUUGUUUUCCUAACUUCUGUGGAAUCUAUAUUUCCUUAAAGAGCAAAGUUUUAGAAGCUCCUAUUGUAUUAAUAGAAUAUUUUUAUAUAAUUUAAUAUUUUACAGCCAUCUGAGGUUUAUUUAUCUGUAGAGGAAUUAAAGUAUCUUAAAUUUUCUUAAUUAAUAAUCUGUUGUGAACUGUGCUUGGUACAAAUGUAUCGGAUUAAUUGAGCUGGUUAAAAAGUGUAAGCAAUGCUCUCAUUCAAAUAUAGAACACACGAGAUAUUUAAUAGUUAGUGUUCAUAUAUUUGGCAUCUGAGAAUAUAUUUACUAUGAUAAUGAAUAUUUUCUUGUUGUUUGCCUUCAAACGUAUUUGUUGAUUUUAUAUAAAUUUUAAAAUAAACUUUUAUAUUUCCUUUCAAUCAAUUCACUGAUUACAUUUAUAUAUUAAAAUUGUAUUAAAUGCUAUUGUGAUAAAUAUAUUGGAAUGAUUUGUUAAUUUUAAUUAAUUCGUAUGUUCUGCACUAGGUGGCGCUGUUCGUUUUAUUUUUGUGCUUUCAUAAUAUAAAACAGCUAUAUUAUGGUAAGCGCCAUCUAGUCGAAUCAAAGAAUAGUUAAAGAAUACAGUGCCAUUUUAACUAAAAGAAAUGUAUGAUAUAGAUUUUUUGUUUAAUUGAUGGACAUAACAUCAUUUUAUUCAAAGCUAUGUGCCAUGUAAAUAAGUUUAAAGUAAAUGCUUCGUUAUAUAUCAGUACAAAUAGUGCCUUGGGAAUUAUACAUAUGUAUGAAAUGAAUAGUUAUAGUGAUGUUGAAUUAUUUCGACCUGAUCUGACUCAUGUUGAGUCUAUGUUGUUAUUUGAUAGCUAUUUGUAUAUUUAAUACUGUUAUAUUAUAGUUGUAUGGAUGGUGGGGAUACAUGUGUUCUGAUAUAUGGGAUAUAAAUUGGAUGUUGUAAAAAAAAAAUUAUAUAUAUAUAUAUAUAUGCAUGACUGAUUUUGCUGAUGGACAUAGAAUCGUUUAUUUUUUGAAACCUUAAAAUAUUUAAGGCUAUGAUUUACGCGACAUAGUCUCAUAUGUAUAAAUAUUCCUAUUAUGAUUUAAAUAUUGAAACAUCAAUAUUAUGAGCUGAUUAAUUAAUUCGGCCUAGAAAAACUAUUUUAUUAUAUCUCGGAGGCUUUCAGGGAAACUCACCGAUUAUAUUUAGGGAGAUGAUGUUUUUGUAUCGAUCGUCCACGCUGUACGGAAGUUGAUUUUAAAUUUUUGUUUAUUGUUGUAAGCUACUUAACAUUAAAGACUGCUCUACA